AAACCGUGGAAUGGCGACCCAAGACGACGCCAGCGGCGAACCUAUCCCGCAGCGCCCGGAACCGCACUCCCACUUUUCCUCCGACUCGUGGCCGCGCCCGACCCCGCGAGGGACGGCGGACGGCGACGACGGGGCACCCAAGAAAAAACGCUCAUGGAGGCUCAGCAGGUCGAGUCGCCAGAACGAGGAUGCACGGACGUCUGUGCCCUCGUCGCACCACAAUCCUUCGAACGGGACGCUGCACGGUCAUCCGCACCCCGCGCGCCAUUUCACCACGCAUCGGUCUACGAACACGGCGCCGCUGCCUUUCUUCCACCCAACCCACGCGGAGCUUCAUCCAACGAUCCAUAGCGGCGCACAGGAUGGCAAAGCGCCGAGUGAGUGGAGCUCGCGCGCAUCGCGCAAGAAUCGUUAUGCGCCUGGCGCUGUGCACGUAUCCCACUCACCUGGCACGCCGCCAGUGACCGACGCGGAGAAGACGGGGGUGGCGAGGGACGCCGUGCUCGUAGCGCAGCGCGUGAGACAUCCCCACACGAAGCUCAAGGUGCACUUAGCUUGGGACAUCUCCUUCUGGGUUGCGAUCGUCUUCGUGCUGGGGAGUACAGCGUGGGUGGUGAAUGGCUUUUAUCUCUUCCUCCCGCUCUUAAACGAGGCAUCGGACCACCAGACUGCUGCUGCGUGGUGGGCGUUCGCCGGUGGAACGCUGUUCGAGGUUGGCUCGUACCUGAUGCUCGUCGAGUCGCUCAACACGGGCCACGAGAACCUCUUCGGACCAGCACUUUGGAACCUGAUCGACAAGCCCGCGCAUGAUUACGCACUAGGAUCGACGGAGACGCUUGACGCUGCAGGUCCGAAUGCGCCAUGGGGCCCCGGCCGUUUUCGCUGGAUAGGCCUGAACAGUUGGCGCGACAUUGGCUUCCUCGCGUCGUACAUCCAAAUGUACGCCGCCACGAUAUUCUGGGUCUCCACGAUAACGGGGUUACCGGGCGUCAUACAUGAUUUCCCGGAUGAUCCUCCGACAGCGAUCACGGACGUGUUCUUCUGGACGCCUCAGGUCAUCGGUGGCUGGGGCUUCAUCGUAGCCUCGUCGUUGCUCAUGCUCGAGACGCAAAAAGCGUGGUGGCGCCCGGCCCUGAAGAGCUUAGGAUGGCACAUCGGGCUGUGGAACCUGAUCGGGGCCGUCGGCUUCAUGCUCUGCGGUGCGCUGGGGUACGCGUCCCUGGUGUCGACGAAGGUCAACUACCAGUCCGUGCUAUGCACGUUCUGGGGCGGGUGGGCGUUCUUGAUCGGGAGCGUGAUCCAGCUUUGGGAAACGCUGUGGCGGGAGGAUCCGAACGCGGGCGACGGUGACAGCGGAUCACCUGAAUGAUACCCUGGAUAGGAGGCUGACGCGGACUUGUAUACCACACGCUACGCACACACAAGAGGCACUAUGGACGGAUCCGGAUGAUGUAUACAUAUAUACAUAGUGUACUGUACCUUACUGUAAUCGUCCCUGUAUUAUGGAAGCGCGCUUUUCCUGUACAUUACUCGCUGACUACCAACGACGAUAUUGCCCUGGC